CAACGUUUAUAAUAAAACGCACGAUGUCGAACCAGGAACCCGACGUAUUAUUUGAAUCGGUAAAUAAUGCUGGCAUUAUUACUCUAAAUAGACCAAAAGCCCUCAAUUCUUUGAACACAUCUAUGGUAGAGAAGUUACUGCCGCAGCUACGCGAAUGGCAGGACACUAAAAACUUGGUUAUUAUCAAAGGUGCUGGAGACAAAGCCUUUUGCGCUGGCGGUGAUGUAAAAGUAGCAAUUGAUAGAAUUGAAGGUCCAAAAUUUUUCCGAGCCGAGUACAAUGUCAACUAUCUUAUUGGAAAAUACAAAAUACCUUACAUAGCCUUUAUAAAUGGAAUCACAAUGGGUGGGGGAUUAGGAUUAUCUGUUCACGGAAGAUACAGGGUCGCUACGGAGAAAACAACAAUUGCAAUGCCCGAGACUAAAAUAGGACUGUUUCCGGAUGUCGGCGGAUCUUACUUUCUACCAAGAUUACAAGUUAAUUUAGGACUUUACCUUGGUCUUACUGGUGAUAGGCUAAAAGGCAAAGAUGUUGUGAAAGCAGGAAUCGCUACACAUUUUGUGUCAAGUAAACGCUUGUUUGAAUUAGAAAAGCUUCUCUCGAGAUGUACCAGCGAUACAGAGGUACAAUCGUUGCUACACAAGUUCAGUGAACCCCCAGAAGAAUUUUCACUAGCUUCGCAAAUCAAACAUAUUAACUACUGUUUUGCUGCAUCAACUAUAGAGGAGAUUAUUGAGAGACUCGAAAAAGUUCAAAACGAUUGGUCCGUGAAGACAUUGGAGACUCUGAGUAAGAUGUGCCCUGGGUCGUUAAAGAUUACGUUGAGAGCGCUACAGCGAGGUGCUCAGCUGGAUUUGUCUCAGUGUCUUAAAAUGGAGUUCCGCAUGGCUGUUCAUUCAACACAACAUCACGAUUUUCCUGAAGGAGUACGGGCUCUUCUCAUCGACAAGGACAAUAACCCUCAAUGGAACCCCAAAACGUUAGCUGAAGUAACCGAUGAUUACGUCGAGAGUUUCUUUAAGAAACUGCCCGAGGAUAUGGAACUCCAAUACUUUGAUGCAAAACUUUAAAUGUUACAAUAUUUUGUUCCUGAGUAAUUUGUAAGGUAUAUAAACAAGCAUGAUACGACCUAGCUCGU